UCAUGACGCACCGGCGGCCGUCAGAGGGGGUCCUGUGUGUUGCCUAGGAAGUGGAAGAGUGAACAUGCCGAAGGUGGUGUCACGGUCGGUGGUGUGCUCCGACACCCGGGACAGGGAGGAGUAUGAUGACGGGGAGAAACCCCUCCAUGUCUACUACUGUUUGUGCGGGCAGAUGGUGCUGGUGUUGGAUUGCCAGCUGGAAAAACUUCCCAUGAGACCUCGCGACAGAGCCCGAGUCAUCGAUGCAGCAAAACACGCUCACAAGUUCUGUAACACGGAAGACGAGGAGGCCGUGUAUCUGCGCAGGCCGGACGGGAUUGAACGGCAGUACAGGAAAAAAUGCAGCAAAUGCAGCCUUCCACUUUUCUACCAGCAUCAUCUGAAGAUCAUAACCGCCACAUUUAUUUUCAGCGGAGCGUUGGUGAAGUUUGGACAAGGAUUUGGAAAAACAAAUAUAUUUACCCAAAAGCCUGACCCCCCUAAAAAGGUGAUGAUGACCAAACGCACUAAAGACAUGGGCAAGUUCAGCUCCGUCACCGUGUCCACCAUUGACGAAGAGGAGGAAGAGAUCGAAGCUAGGGAAAUCGCGGACUCCUAUGCCCAGAAUGCCAAAGUGAUUGAGAAGCAACUGGAAAGGAAAGGAAUGAGUAAGAGGAGGCUACAGGAACUGGCUGAACUGGAAGCAAAGAAAGCCAAAAUGAAGGGAACUCUAAUUGACAACCAGUUCAAAUAGAAGAGACGUCCUGAGCGAAAGUGACGGCGGUUUCGUGGGACUUGCCAGGCGUAACACGCGGUUUACAAGCACAUCGAUGGGGGGUGUGGCAGGAUGGGGCUCCUUCCUACGUUGUGG